AUGACAGUAUUAACCUCUUCGCCCACCACGCAAUGGACCCACGAGCAUGUUGACGUAGCCAUUGUCGGCGGUGGCUUCAGUGGCCUUGCGGCUGCCAAAGAUCUCGUUGCUGCCGGCAAAUCAGUUCUUGUCCUUGAAGCCCGAGAUCGAGUUGGCGGAAAGGUCUACGACGUGGAGGUGAAAGACGGAAAUGGCCACAAAGUCGAAGCCGGAGCUGAAUUUGUCUGCAAAAACCACAAAAGACUUCUUGCCUUAGCCAGUGACCUGGGUAUCAAGACGUUCCCGACAUACAUCGAGGGCGAUAUGCUCAUGUGGAUACCUGGUCAGGGCCCUCUCCUCUAUAAUCCUGUCAAGACGCAGGGAUUACCACCGCUCUCUGAAGAGGAUAUCGCGAUUCUGGCUGAUAUCACAGUCCAAUUCAAUGAGAUGGCAAGUGAGAUCGACGUGCAUCAACCUUGGACGCAUCCGAAGGCAAAAGAAUGGGACCGUCUCACGCUGUCGUCAUGGCUCGAUGGCUUUGCGCGUGAUGGAGUAGCUCGAGGCGUGAUUGAUUUGACAAACAGAGCUGUCAUGUCGGCAGAAGGGGAAGACGUUUCACUGUUGAGCGCUGUGAUCAAUGUUGCCCGAACUGGAGACGCAGAAACUAAGGGCCGAAUGGAGAUGUUGACCAACGUCAAGAAUGGAUCACUGGAAGAGAGGAUUGAAGGCGGGCCACAGAACAUCGCUAUCAAACUGGCUGAGCGUCUUGGUAGUGACAGAGUCCGACUUGAGGCACCUGUUCGGCAGAUUCUCCAGAUCGACGAUGGAUAUCUCGUCGUAGGUGACGCCUUCCACGUUCAAGCACAUAAAGUCAUCAUCGCCAUCCCGCCCACGCUGGCAGGUCGUAUCGUCUACCAACCUCCUCUUCCAGCCGCACGAGACCAGCUCUGCCAGCGCGUCCCGAUGGGCUCAAUUGGAAAAGUCAUCGCAAUCUACAAGACUCCAUUCUGGCGUGACCAAGGUCUCAGCGGCGAGGUCGCAAGUCUUCAAGGUGUAUCCCAGUCAACAUUCGACAGUUCCCCACCUGAUGGAAGCUUCGGUGCAAUGAUGGGAUUUCUCGAAGCAAACGAGAUGCGAAGACUCGAUGAUGCCUCUGAAGAGGAUAUCUUUACUGCUGUGAGAGAGGACUUUGUUAGAUACUUUGGCCCCAAAGCGAGGGAGGUUCAGUCGUGGGUUCUUCAGAGAUGGGAUAACGAGGAGUUUUCUAGAGGUGGUCAUACGGGAUUGUUCCCGCCAAAUGUCUGGACUCAGUUCGGCCCUGCGCUGACGAAGCCGGUUGGUGGGAUUUACUUCGCUGGGACUGAGGCAUCGAGCUAUUGGGCAGGGUUUAUGGAGGGCGCUGUUAUUGCUGGUGAAGCUGCUGCCAAGCGGGCUCUAGAGUCCCUCUAG